AUGGGAUGUAUUAUGAGCCAGGAAGACGAGGCGGCGAAACGCAGAUCAAAAAAGAUCGACAGAUUGGUGAGGCUUUCUUUUGCGCAAUGAGAUAACGAGAGAGCGUUGCAGCUGAGAGAGGACGCAGAGAACACGAAUAAAACGGUAAAGUUACUGCUCCUCGGCGCCGGAGAGUCAGGAAAAUCGACCAUUCUGAAACAAAUGCGCAUCAUUCACGAUGUCGGCUACACAACUGAAGAAAGAAAAGUAUUCAGGGCCGUCGUCUACGGAAACAUCAUUUUAGUGAGUGGCAAACGGGCAGAUCAUUUGUGAUCGACGUUUUCGAAUGUUUUUCAGUCACUUACUGCUAUUAUUCGAGCUAUGGAACAAUUGAACAUCAGUUUUUCUACAGUCGAUCACGAAUCAGAUGCACGCAAACUUUUGAUGUUCACAACUACCGGAGAAGAGGACGAAUUGCCUGAAGAGCUCGUUGUGCUUAUGAAAAGCGUGUGGUCAGAUCCUGGAAUCCAGAAGGCGCUCGAACGGUAUCAUUCCUUUUAUCAGUGAGAAUUCCUGGAUGGCGAGAUAAGAUAAUACGAUUAACCACUGCCGAAAAUAAUGCUGAUAGCGUUGUCUGAUUAAAGAAAAGUUCCAGCUCUCGUGAAUAUCAACUGAACGAUUCUGCCGCGUACUAUCUGAGUCAACUGGACAGGAUCUGUGCACCAAACUACAUUCCAACACAGGUUCACAAUACUUUUAUGCGAGAAAAUAAAGAUACCUCCCCGACGUUUCGCAUUUAACGUGAACUACUUAGCGAUAAACUCAAUUCAUGCCCUCGGUGUUUGCAGACUCAAGCCAAAAUUUCUGAAAUUGGGCUUGAUUACGCAAACACGAGGGAGCAAGAGUGGUGAAUUGAGAGGAAAUUGCAAUGAGCUCAUAUGGAGAAGCCUUGAUUUCAAAAACUUCAGAAUUUACGAAGAUUUGAUUGCAGGACGACAUUCUGAGAACUCGAAUCAAGACAACCGGAAUCGUUGAGACACAGUUCGUCUACAAAGAUCGACUUUUCUUGUAUGUUGAAGCUGAAUUGAAAUUGAAAAGGAUAACUUUUAGGGUGUUUGAUGUGGGUGGACAGAGAUCUGAACGGAAAAAAUGGAUCCACUGCUUCGAAGACGUCACUGCUCUCAUCUUUUGCGUCGCCAUGUCAGAAUACGAUAUGGUUCUUGUCGAGGAUUGUCAGACUGUAAGUUUUGGGCUGUUGAAUGUGAGCUUUGAAGUUUUAAAUUCAGAAUCGAAUGAGAGAAUCUCUGAAACUGUUCGAUUCGAUUUGCAACAACAAAUGGUUUGUCGAAACGUCGAUUAUUCUGUUCUUGAACAAGAAAGAUCUGUUCGAAGAAAAGAUACAGCGAUCUCCGCUCACGCACUGUUUCCCGGAGUACACGGGCGGUAACAACUACGAAGAGGCUUCUGCUUACAUUCAGCAACAAUUCGAAGAGGUCAACAAGAGAACUGUCGGGCAGAAGGUGAGAAUCCAAGCGAAAAUCCCUCGGUAACCGCCCCUAAGACUCAGGAAAUCUACACACAUUUCACAUGCGCAACUGACACUAACAACAUCCGAUUUGUGUUCGACGCCGUCACUGACAUCAUCAUCCGCGACAAUCUGCGUACGUGCGGACUCUACUAA